CAAACCGAAUGUGGCAACUGGCAUAACAUUCUGUUGUAGCUCUUUUUUUAUAAACCGUCAAUUUUUCAUUUUUAAUAAAAAUUUACUAUUUAAAACAUUUAAAUCUUUUUCGUCGCAAACGUAAUCUAUAUAAUAGAUUAAUUUUAAGUGGUUUUUUCAACAUUUAAUUACUCAAACUUUAAGUAGCGGCCAACAGCUGCUGCAACCGGCUACGUGGGUAAAAUCGUAAUAAACAAAAAUCAACGUUUCCAAUAAAUUUAUCUAUCUUUCGCGUUUAGAAGAGCUUUUGCAAACUCGGCAAAUACUCAGACUAAACAGGCAAAACAGACUUGGGAGGUGGAAGAAAAAAAAGAUUAAAACAAGAAUGACGUGUAUGCUGUGAUUGUUUGCAGUUUUGAUUCAAAGUCCACUUACAUACACGAUGAUCGGUUGGCUAGUAGCCGCCGCUUCAGUGGGGAUAGUCGUAGCCGCCGUAAUAAUGUCAUUUUGCCUGGCGUGCUGGCUCUUGUUUGUGGACAGCACUCCGUACGCGGACAGACGUAGAAAAGACGAAGAACAAUUUUUCGUCGACCAAAACGGCAAAAGCGUUCGGUUUCCCAGUCUGUCGGAAGACCACAGCGUCGAUCUAUCCGUAGUAGUGCCGGCGUACAACGAACAAGACAGACUAAGACCUAUGUUGGACUCGUGUCUCCAUUACUUGACCACCGUGUACAAGUCUACAUUCGAAGUGAUCAUCGUUAGUGACGGCAGCACCGAUAAAACGUGUAGCGUGGCUAUGGAGUAUGUCGAAAAGUAUGGCGCUGAUCGUGUCCGACUGCUGCAGUUGACCACUAAUCGCGGUAAAGGUGGUGCGGUUUGCCUGGGAAUGCAAAGUGCUCGAGGACGCUUGUUAUUAUUUGCCGACGCCGAUGGUGCUACCAAAUUCGAAGACAUCGUCAAAUUAGAAGCGGCGAUGGAUAAUCUCAUAAAAAAAUCCGGUUCAGACAACAGCGACAACGUAUGUGCCGUAGUUUGCGGAUCUCGUGCACAUUUAGAACAAGACGCUGUUGCUACGAGAAGCAUAUUUCGCACUGUAUUAAUGCACGGGUUUCACACUCUGGUCUGGACAUUCGGAGUUCGUACGAUAAGAGACACGCAGUGCGGUUUCAAAAUGUUCACCCGACCGGCCGCCCGCGUUUUGUUCAGCAAUUUACACGUAGACCGUUGGGCUUUCGACGUAGAGAUGUUGUUCAUCGCAGAAAAAUUAAACAUGAGCUUAGCCGAAGUGUCUGUCAAUUGGACAGAAAUAGAAGGCUCAAAAAUUGUUCCUGUAUGGAGUUGGCUACAAAUGGGAUUCGACGUAUUGACGAUUUGGAUAAAAUACCGCACACAAUUUUGGCAAAUACGUACCGAAAAGAUGGACUGACAUCGCCGUUAAUGUUACACAAUAGCUCUGCCUAAAUUAUUCUAUUUUUAUGCACUUUAUACAGUGUUUGAUGUAUAGUGAAAUCGCGUUUAACGAUUUAACACAGAAUUACGACGUCGAAUCGUAUGAAAGUGUAUAAUGUGAUAAAUGUAAUUACUAUUUUUGUGAUAUCGAUUACCCAAACAUAUUAUAAAAUAUGAUUUAAUUACACGUAUAUUCCACAAAUAUUUAUACUCGGUACUUAUAAUAUAUGUUAAUUAUUUUCUAAAAGAUUAAAUAUAAUAAUAUAUUUUGUAAAGUUGAGCGUCGCCUUAGAAUUAAAUCACCGGGUUAAUUUAAAGACAACAUUUUUAUUUUUCAAGUACAUACUGUUAGAAAUUAUUUCUAUAAGCACUUUUAAGUUUCAUUUUAUAUUUGUGUACAAACUAUACUUAGUUUUUAAACUGUAACACCUAAUGUUCGCUUCCUAAAUUGUUGGAAUUAUUAUUAUUUUUAUUUUUUGCAUGUUAGAGACUUAGCUAGUACUAUUAUUAUUUUCCUAUUUACAAUUUAUUAACAAUAGUUAAUAAAUGUAUUAACAAUACUAUUGUUAAUACAAAUUUCAUGUUUAUUUUAAAUGUAACGGUAAAACUGCAUCAAUUUGAAACAUUAUUUUAUUAAGAAACCUAAUUGUAAUAACUUAUAACAUAAGGGAAUCGGUUAGACUUAAUAACGUUUGUACGAUUGUGAAUGAACGAAACUAAUUUAUUUGUACAACUUACGUAGAUACGGUUCAUGAAUAAUCCUUACAAAAAUAAAUAUUUAAAUGAUUGUUCAUUAUAAAAAAAAAUCACAUUUACAUUAAAAACUUCUCAAUUACUUGAAAAAGUUUGUUUUGUCAAUUUCUUUGUGAGAGUGAAUUAACCCGUUCAACUGGUAUCCGAAAAAUAUUAAAAAUAAAUAAGUAAUUAUUCCAAAC